AUGGCACCUGAUCGAACAGGAAAGAGUGUAUUUUUAGGGAAUAUUCCCUAUAAUCUCACCGAAGAACAGGUGAAAGAUAUCCUUAGCUCCGCGGGCACGGUUACGAAAUUCAGGUUGAUGACAAACCCCGAAACAGGCAAGCCGAAGGGUUACGGAUUUGCAGAUUUUGCAGACGCUGAUGCGGCUGCGUCAGCGGUUCGAAACUUGAAUGAUUAUGAGAUUAUGGGUCGCAAAAUAAGGGUCGAUUGGCCGCACAACAAUGAGAAAGAUUCGGUGCCUUUAGAUUACUCUCAACAAGGCCAAAUGAGCGCGGCGGGUGACGAUACACAAGCAGGAUACCAAUCACAGCCCCCUUUAUUACCCUCAUUACCCCCAGGAACCGAUUUACCUCCAAAUUUAACGUGCCCCAAUGCCAUUUCGCAAACCCUUUCAACACUACCAGCCCCUCAACUACUCGACGUUCUCACGCAAAUGAAAUCAUUAGUCAUGGCUGAUCCUGCUCGAGCCACUGAACUUCUGAGGCAAGCUCCGCAGCUUGCGUAUGCUAUAUUCCAGGCCCUUCUCCUGAUGAAUCUGGUGGACUAUAGUGCGUUAGGAUCUGUCGUGGAACAGGCUACCCAACCCCAAGCGGCAGCUCCACAACUUCAGCCAGCCCUCCAUGUGCCGCAACACUUUUCACCAUACCCUCCAACAUCUGGACAAAUAUCCACUCCACCCGUUCGCAAUGCACCGUUUGCACCACCACCGCCGCAAGUCUCUCAAACGCAGCCUCAAAUGCCAGGACAGGAGGAGCUCUUGCAGCAGGUGCUUUCAAUGCCGCAAGCUGCCAUUGAUGCCCUACCACCUAUGGAACGCAACCAGAUUAUGCUCUUGAGACAGCAGCUACUGCAGGGGGGGAUGCGAUGA